GGCAAGCUCAACUACACUUGCGGAUAACCAAGGGCCAGGGAUCAAGACUGGCUAUUGCUUCAUGCAUUUGUCCCGGGCAAGAGGUAAAAGGACCCAAAGUUGUCUCGUGGGUGCUACGAGCUGGAAGUAACCUAACCCGGUCCGGAAAACUUGAAGAAACUGGGUCCGGAGAAGCAUACCAGGUCAUGCUUGCCUUGCCAAGUAGCCGCAAAACACGACGAAGGAGCGCGCCUUCUUCUACCUACGCGCAACCUCCACUGCCAGAACAUACAGCAGGCAGCGCAGGGCCGUAGACUCGGCCUAGUUUGGCUCCUUCUAUCCAAUUACUAGCAGCCUACCUAAAUGCCGGUGCUCGUUUUCACUUGAGGUGCAGAGGUUGUCUCUGCGAUUUUGCGCCGCGCAACACAAACGCUCGCACCACCCCCGACAUGACGCGAAUCCUCUGCGUGGCUGAGAAGCCCUCUAUCUCCAAGGCGGUCGCCACACACCUCUCAGGCGGCCAAUUCCGAACUAGUCCCACGCGUAAUACGUACAUCAAAAACUACGAGUUCGAUUUCAACUUUGGCCCGCCAUGGGGAAACUGCUCCGUGACCAUGACGGCCGUCUCGGGCCACCUCACCCAUGCCGAAUUCCCCCCCGAGUUCUCAACGUGGGACUGGCCACCCCCGGAUCGUCUUUUCCACGCGCCCGUCUUGACCAAAGUCGCGGAUCAAUCCAAGGAUACCGCCAAAAACAUCGAGGACAAGGCCAAGUACGCCAGGGCUUUGUUCAUCUGGACCGAUUGCGAUCGCGAGGGUGAGCAUAUCGGAGGCGAGAUUCGAGACGCCGCCUUGAAGGGCAACCCCCGCAUCGAAAUCAAACGGGCGAGAUUUAGCAACGUGGAACGAAGUCACAUAUUGACUGCUGCCCAGCGGUUGGUCGAUCUGGACGACAGACAGGUCGAUGCCGUCUCUGCGCGCACUGAACUCGAUCUACGCAUCGGCGCCGCUUUCACUCGUUUCUUGACUAAAACCCUCCGCAACCUUGGAGGUCCCUUGUCUGAACUCAUAAUCAGCUACGGCUCUUGCCAGUUUCCAACGCUCGGCUUUGUCGUAGACCGUUAUUCUCGUAUCAAGAACUUCGUGCCCGAGACGUUCUGGGCCAUCAAGGUAGUCCAUGAACGAGAAGGAAUCAAGGUCAACUUCAACUGGUCAAGGCACAGGCUCUUCGACCGCAUGUCGGUCAUCAUCCUCUACGAGAGCUGUCUGGAAGCCAAAAAAGCAAGGGUCGCCAGCUCUCGGGAGAAGCCGACCAAGAAAUGGAAGCCGCUCCCUCUUACCACUAUCGAGUUCCAGAAGAUGGCCACGAGUUUCCUCCGCAUGACUAGCCAGGAAGCUAUGACGGUGGCAGAGAAACUAUACAAUGGGGGCUUCAUCAGCUACCCCCGAACGGAAACUGACCGCUUCGACAAGGCCAUGAAUCUCCGAGCUCUUGUACAGAAGCAGACCCAAGACAACCGCCAAGACCACCCGUGGGGAUGGGGCGAGUUCGCGCAGAACCUGGACGACGGAGCUUUCCAGCAACCACGCCAAGGCCGUCACGACGACAAGGCCCACCCGCCAAUACACCCCAUUAUAUAUGCGGCAAAGAGCGCCUUUUCCAACGAAAACGAGAAGAAGAUCUACGAGCUCGUUGUUCGUCGCUUCCUCGCGUGCUGUUCCGAGGACGCCAAAGGCGUUGCCACAGACAUCGAAAUCCUCUAUGGAGACGAAACCUUCGUUGCGCACGGCGUGAUAGUGCUAGAGCGCAAUUUCUUAGACGUCUAUCCUUACGAAAAAUGGACCGGAACAGCCAUGCUGCCCAAGUUCACCGUCGGCGAGCAGUUUGAGCCCACUGAAGCAAUGAUCGCCGAGGGUAAGACGAGCCCACCCGGAUACCUCACCGAAGCCGAUCUCAUUGCUCUUAUGGACGCAAAUGGAAUCGGCACUGACGCAACAAUGGCUCAGCAUAUUGAAAAGAUCCAAGAACGGCAGUAUGUGACGACGGCGGAGCGAAGCGGCCGAGCCGCGAACCAGGACGCCGACGCCGACGACGACGCAGGCGACCCGCCUCCAGCAAGAGGUGGACGCGGUGGACGCGGUAGCCGAGGCCGUGGGCGGGGUGGGCGUGGGGGUGGUUCUGGCAGGCGAGGCGGAGGCGGAGGCGGAGGCGUCAAGGAGUUUAUCCCAACCAGCCUCGGCAUGGCCCUCAUAGAGGGGUUCGACCGGAUGCACCUCGACACCAGUCUCGGCAAGCCAUUCCUCCGCAAGGAAAUGGAGCUCCAGAUGAAGGCCAUCUGCGAAGGCACCUCUUCUAAACGGGAGUUCCUCGAACAAAACGUGGCCAAGUUCCGCAACGUUUAUGAUCAGUCAAACCACGAAGUCCACAUUCUCAGGGCCGCCUGCAGGCAAUAUGUCUUCCCGGGCUGGCAAGCAGCAGGGGCGGGGUAGCUCCUUGGUCGACGACGUGGGAACCUCAACGCAGCUUGCAGAUAUGGCUUGAUACAGGAGCCAAUGCUUGCUGCCCGUGGCCCUCCAAAAGCUGCCCCGCAAACAUGUUGGUGUAUGUGUGGAGAAGAUGCUGCAAUGCCCAAACCGGAUGUGACCUACACAGAAGCAAAGCUUUGCACCGGACGGGAAUGAGGCCGAUGGCACAUGGGCACUGCCCAAGUCCCGACUGGCACCGGCUUCCGAUAUCCGGAUGUUUGGCUGUGUUGUGUAACAUCACCAAGAACGCGACUGACGAGAGGGGUUUGUCACUGAAAACCGAUUGCUAUCCACUCAAUUGGGACUGUGACAAAAGGAGUGGAUGAAGCCAAAGCCGAUGGCACCAUCCAAGGACUACCAUGGCGCCCACGACAAGCAAGAACCCCACAUCACAUAGGCAAGAAACAUCUCAAUUGAUGAGAAUGCGAGUCUCGCAACAAAUGUG